AUGGAAGAAGAAGAGCUACAAUUGAAGAGACAGCUGAGAGAAGCCAAAGCUGAAGAGCUGGCUAGACGUAAAAAAAAAAAGACUAGUUCGGAUGUCGGAAACGUAAACAAUAAGCCACCUCCCAAUUGUGCUAUAUACAUCUCCAAUUUACCGCUAGACAGCAUCAAUGAAAGAGACCUUUUCGAUGAGUUUUCAAGGUAUGGAAUCAUCAGGAAGGAGUCCAUUGAAGGUCAUCCUAAGUGCAAGCUUUAUCUCACCGACGAUGGGAAACUGAAAGGUGAUGCGUUGAUUGUGUACCUGAAGCCUGAAAGUGUGCAGAUGGCGAUAGAAUUCAUGGAUGGUGCUAAAUUCAAAGGAAAGGAGCUAAAAGUUGAAGAAGCAGUUUUCAAGCCAAAAACUAAAAACGAAGACAGCUUAGAAGAAGACACUGCAGAACUGAGGAAACUGAAGUUCCGCCAACUUCAAGAGCAGAAAGAUGAGCUAAAUGACUGGGGCGAUGGGCCAGAAAAUGAAGAUGAAGAUGGAGAUGACGGGGACGACAACGACAUUGAAAACGCUGAUAAUGGUGCGGCGUCUAGCGAGUCUUCCUCAGAGGAGUCAGAGAGCAAAAGUGCAAGAACAGUUGUUCUAUCAAACGUGCUCGAUCUCUACGCAAGACUGAGUCCCUCUGAAGUUUCUGAUAUAGCCGUGGAUUUGAAGCAGGGUUGCGAAGCACUGGGCAAAGUUGUAAUUUUUGAACUUGACGAGGUGCUGGGUCAAGCGAAGGUUGAAUUCGCGACAAAAGAACAUGCACAGAAGUGCUGUCAGACAAUGGAGGGUCGAUUUUUCGAUGGUAGAAAGUUGAUGGCCUACACUUUGGACGACGAAUCCAAUGAAGAUAAUGCAAGUUUACAAGAGCUGUGA